AUGGCUCUCUGCUUGGCUACAUCACUCAUUGCUCGGCGUGGCUUUGUUGCCUAUGAUCAAUUGGUACGCUACAAAUGGUGGCAUCAGUAUGGCUAUAUGUCAUCAACAGGAAAAUGUUUUGAUAUUGGUGCAGCCACUAAACAAUCUAUUAUUCAAUUUGAAAAGAAUCAAAAGGAGUUUGCGAAGAAAACCAGCAUUCCUAUUGAUUAUAUGGAUUUUCUAUCCGAUCCCGAUUGUUUACAUAAGUUCAACAUAAACUGCAGCGAAGAUGGAGUCGCUGGAAAUGGAGCACUUAUGCGUCUCGCACCUGUUCCACUUUUCUUCUACCGAAAUCCUAAAAAAGCCGUCGAAUAUGCAGGUAUUAGUGGCAAGAUUACUCAUGGCGACGACAAAGCUUAUGAUGCAUGUCGGUUUUAUGCAGCACUCAUCAUCGGUGCUCUUAAAAACAUAUCUAAAGACGAUUUGCUCAAAGAAACAUUCUAUACCGAUCAUAAAACAUGGUUUGGAGAGAAGGAUCUUCAUCCAGACAUUCGAAAGAUUGCAGAUGGGUCAUACAGAAAAAAAAGAGGAUACGACGAUGGCAUUCGAGGCAAAGGUUAUAUUGUCAGUGCUCUAGAAGCUGCUUUAUGGGCAUUUUGGAGCGAUGAGAACUCGUUCGAGAAAGGUGUAUUGAAAGCUGUUAAUCUUGGUGAUGAUACUGAUACAACUGCAGCUAUUUAUGGACAAUUGGCAGGUGCAUACUACGGUUAUAAGGCAUUGCCUGAGGAGUGGAUCAAACAUAUAUAUGGAAGAAAAUUCAUUAAGUGUUUGAGCAAAUGGAUCAUAUACGAAGGAGAAAAUUGGUCAAAAAGUCACAUAAUCGACGAUGAUGAAGUUGAAGAAAAUGACGAGUUGCCAGCAGAAAUGCCUAAUAUAUCGCGUUCUCGCCGUUCUACAGUUCAUACAAUUGUGUACCAAGCUUCAAAUUCAAACAAUGAUAAUCCGACUAUUGAAACUUCGGACCAACCAUCAGUGCCCAAAAACCAUCGUAAAUCAUCAACAGACUCCAAAGAUAAGAAACCACUACAGGCAACAACUUCGUGUCCACCAUCGAUGCCAAAAAAUGAUCGUAGAUUAUCGACAGACUUAAGCGAUAAGAAGCCAUUACAGGCAGCGGCUUCAUGCCAACCAUCAAUGCCAAAAGAUGAUCGUAGAUCAUCAACAGACAUAAACGAUAAUAAACCAUUACAGGCAUCUUCGAAACUUGCAUUACCAAGUAUUCACUCACCUGGCAACAAUGGGCGACGACAGAGCCAUGAUUUUAUUGGCGACGCUUUUUCAAAAUCAUCAAAAAAAUAA